AUGUUUAAAGUUACUACAAUUACACAUUUGACAGAUGAUACAACGAGACCUCUAAUAUGUUUAACCACAAGAAAAGGGUUCAAGUAUCUUUUUGGAAAAGUGCCAGAGGGAACCCAGAGAGUGGUCAACACAUUUGGGUCUGAAGUCAAGUUUUCUAAGUUACAAGGGAUUUUUCUUACCGGGUCAAUUCUCUCCUGGUCAGACAUUGGUGGAUUGCCUGGAUUCUUCUUGACUGUUAGUGAUGCAACCAAAAAUGGGCUUACUGUAAUGGGUUGUGAAAGAAUACUAUCAUACAUUCUAGCAACAUGGAGACAAUUUGUUUUCCGAAUGGGUAUUAAGUUGCACAUUUUGGAUGCCGAGACAAACCCCACUAUAGUCGAUGAGGAAGUCGUUAUAUCCCCAAUCAUGAUCGAUCCGGCCAAUCAAACAUCUCCACCUGAAAACUCCAGCAAACUAGUGCGUCAAAUCAAAAAAUUGGCAUCCUUGAUGUUUCCCUUGGAUACCAGUCAAGUCAACAGCAGAGAUCCAGAAUCUUACAAAUCAGACCCUACCCAAAAUGAUAUCCAUACACAUGUUCAUUUGCCCUCGGCAUCGGAGAUAGCUACAACUCAACAAUCAAUUUCAUAUUGCAUCUCAUUCGUGCCUGUGCUUGGAAAAUUUGAUCCGAAAAAGGCAAAGGAAUUAGGCUUGACACCCGGCCCUCAAUUUAGGGAUUUGACUAACGGAUUGUCUGUGGUUAACAAAAAUGGCGAUACCAUUACUCCAGAUCAAGUGAUCGCUCCAAAUAGAGUUUUCCGCAAGAUUUUAGUUAUAGAUGUGCCAAGUAACGACUACUAUGAAAAUACAAUAAAUUCCGAUCGUUGGUUUGAACAUGAUCACCCCAAAAAUGCAGGUGAAGUUGGCUUGGUUUAUCAUAUGUUAGGCCAGGAUUUGGAUUUGGAUUUACUGGACUACAAAGAAAGAUUUUUAUCAAAAUUUCCCUCAGACACAUACCAUGUUAUUAGUCAUCCUUCGAUGACAAAUAAUGUGAUUAUGAAUGAUCGUUUCAUUUCAAAUACAUUAAAGAUAAAGUCAAUCUUGAACGAGAACUUUAAUUUAGUCAAUCUGGAAAAUUUCAAACCAUUAUCUAACAGUCAAGUCGAUAGACUACACGCCUUGCAACUGUAUCAUCUCAACGACAAUGGUGUAGUACCAGACUCUUCAUCUGCUAUCAAGACUACAAAUAAAUCGUUAUUCGAAGAAGAGGUAGAAUCACUAGACAUUCCAAAUGCUGCCAAUUUCGAGACUAUGGAAAAGACCAAGAUUGAAUUGGAUUGUAACAAGCAUACUAAUUUGAAAGAUAGAGUUCAGGUUUUUAUGUUAGGAACAGGGUCAGCAUUGCCGGCCAUCUGCAGAAAUGUGUUGGGUAAUUUAAUUAGAUUGCCAUAUCAGGAUGACUCGGGGGCAAUCUCUUAUCGUUCAAUAGUGCUAGACGGAGGUGAAAAUACAAUCGGCAGUUUACUCCGUCUAUUUGGUCACGAAAACGGGAAAGAGUUUGUUCAGAUAUUUCAAGAGUUAUCAUUAAUUCAUUUAAGUCAUUUACAUGCAGACCACCAUUUGGGGAUUGUGUCGUUAAUUAACGAAUGGUUCAACAUCAACCAAGAUGAAUCGAAAUUAUUGUACCUUGUGGUCCCUUGGCAAUUUAUUACGUUCUUAAAAGAUUGGUAUUCUUUAGAGCUGCAAUAUAAUAAGGUGUUUGAUAUGAAUAGGUUGGUAUGCAUUAGCUGCGAAGAUUUUAUGAUGGAUAACAGAACUCCAGAAUUUAUAAAAAUUGAUAUGGACAAGUUUGAAGAGUUUUAUGAUGAAGGCGGCCUACACAAACCAAUACCUAGGGAUAGACUAUUGCUGGUGGAUCACAAAAAAAUAAAAAAUAUGUAUGAGACGGUAGGAUUGAAUUCUGUUACUACUGUGCGUGCAUUACAUUGUGCCUGGGCAUAUUCGACUACAUUUGAUUUCAAGUUGAACGAAAAUGGGGAAACAUUUAAAAUAUCAUUUUCAGGAGACACAAGACCGAAUCCCAGAUUUUCUGAAUGUGGUUAUGGAAGUGACCUUUUAAUACACGAGGCUUCCAUGGAUGGGAAUUGGAUCGAAGAGGCUAUAGCCAAGAAACAUUCGACAAUGAUUGAAGCUGUUGCUGUUAGCAAGCUUAUGAACUGUCCUAAAUUGAUAUUGACUCAUUUCAGUUCUCGUUAUGGUAUCUCGAACAACUGUGUUCCUAAAAAUGAAUUGCAAAGUUGUGCUGAUAACUUGGACACUUACCUUAACAAAAGUCAUUGUGAGUUGAAUAUAUUUCAAUCACAAUCACCAAGUGACUUGAGUCUAGAAGAGAUAGAUUUGUGGUUUGCCUAUGAUUUAAUGGGUGUUUGUUAUGGCGAUAUGCAUAAACAAGAGUAUGUUUGGCCAAUAUUGAGUGAACUUUUCUUACCAAGUGCUGAAGUAGACCAUGAGAAAAUCAAUGAGAAGAAGGAAGUAAAGAGGCUUGAGAGAUUGGCAAUGAUGAAGACAAAAAAGAAAAGGAAAAUGAGCCCUAAAUAA